AUGGUGGAAGAGUCAGAUAUUAUGCACGGCGUCAUCCGUAGUGCAGAUAUGGAUGAAGGUGUUUUCGGAAUUGCUCAUUCCGAAUUAAUUGCAAAGGAGGACAUGCAACAACUUUUUGAACACGAAGAAUUGGGCAUCGCUGUCAUUCAUACAUACAUAUGGUAUAUGUAUGACACAUUGAUGCGGGGAACUGAAUUGUGUAACCGAUUCAAUUUUAUUGCUGCUUCCCGUAUCAACACAACGUUUAUAACGAAAAAUCCAACAUCCGUAAUGAAUGAACUAGUCGAUAGAUUCAUGGUGGCCGGCGAUAAUACUACACCCAGUUUGUAUUUUUUACCGUUUAAUUCUGGCAACGGUGGUCACUGGGUGUUGGUUGCUAUGGAUCUUUCGAGACUAAUGGUGUAUUAUCUCGAUUCGUUACCGGGUAAUUGGAGUAAAUAUCCGAGUAUGAAGAAGACGGUUGACGCGUAAGUGAAAUUCCCCUAAAUAUUCGUGUGUAUUUGUAUAUUUAAUUAUGUCUGUCAGAUUGAUCUCAAUAUACGUUUUUAUUUUGUUAGGGCAAUACUA